AUGGCGGUCCGGCGUUCCGCUCGUCUGCGUACCCAGGCGUCGGCAUCUCCCGAUAGUCAGGAAUCUACCCCGCAGCCAGAUGCACCAACCCGUCUUGAAUCUGUUGAGGAACGCGACGAGACGUCUAAUGACAUUCAGCCUUUACGCACCCCUGUCGCCAAAAAAGCUUCUCAGAAACCCACAUUCGCAUACUCCCAUCAGAAAAACAAUGAGACCCGAACUCCGAAAAGCACAACCGCUGUCCGUCCAUCUUUGGAAGAGAUGCACCCCAGCAAAGCACACCAGAGUACUGCCAAGAAAGUCGACUCUGGUCUACUCUUGGGGUUCAAUCCUAUCAAGAAAGACGCCGACGGAAAUCCUGUGAAGGAUAAUAUUGCUGAAAACACACCCUCCAAGUCUAAGCCUUCUCCUGCGCCCACCCAAUUCGGUACACCUGGAUACGAGUUCAAGUUUGCACAAGAGUCUCAGCUCAGUGAUGAAGCGAAGCAACUGAUGGACAGAGAAAAGGAGAGCAUUGAGACUCGCGGAGAACGAAAGAUCGCAAAGCCUCGAGGCCAGGCUGGACGGUUCAGUGAGGUGCAUAUGGCCGAAUUUAAGAAAAUGGAUUCAAUUGCUGGUCACGCUUCCUCCUUUAGGGCUGCUCCGGGUCGCUUCCAGCCUGAGACAAAGUCACUGAAGCGUACCAAGUCCAAGGCUCAGCUGGACGAACCAGAGCCUCAAAAUACAUCCCCAUCACGAUCCCCUUCUGCCAAACGAUCAGCCGUUACUACGCCUACUACCACCAACAAGCGUGUCAAGCGUAGCUCAGCAAGCGACGUCACAAUCACCGAGCCUGACAAUCACGAAGCUAAGAAGCCGGAGCAUGCUACUCCCAAACCUGCUGGCCCUCGCGCCCGGCCUCGCUCCGCAAUCCGAAGCUCUCUGAUGACACCCACGCGAGCUUCCAUGGCGCGCACCACCUCUGCUACCCUCAGCCUUAAGGCUCCUAAAACAUCUCUGAUUCCCUCUUUGGCGCGCUCUCCCUCUACCCACGCUCUGGCGUCUCCACGAACUCCUCGAACUGAGUUCAACCCGCGGUUCAAGACCAAAAUCCCUGCUAUGGCCAACCUCAAGUCUAUCCUCCGCAAACGUCAGCCAUUGUUCUCCCGCGACCCAGCCAAAAUUGCUGCCGGGACUCACGUAGCUGCUCCCGACUUCAAUCCUGAUUUGCUCUUCGGAAAGACUGAUGUGGCUGAGUCUGCUCCGACACCCUCGCCGAAGAAACAUGUUGAAUUCACUCCCAGCGUUAAAUCUCGUCAUCAAUUAACCGAGGCCUCCCCUUCCCGAUCCAAGAUUCCAACUACACCAUCUCGCUCCAAUCUCUCCGACAUUGUCUAUCCAACCCUCCCUGCCCUCACACCAGAGGCUAAAGCUACCAUCGAUGAGGAAGACUGCACCACUCCAACUCAGUCUCCCACUAUUCGUCAUGUCCGCAAGUCCGCAGCAUGCAAUUCUGAAACCGCCUAUCCUGAGCUUCCUGUGGUGACCCACGGAAUUUCCCACGGAAUCAGCAAUAAGAAGAGACGUCGGGACGAUAUGGACGAUGAUGAAGCUCCAAGUGCUGAAAAUACUGAAAAUGUCCCGCCUGUUGAGUCCCGGUCCGAUGAGCGCAACGCCAAGAGACUUAAGGAAAAUCCGCCUACUCCAAGCCCGGUCAAAUCUCGACCCAUCAAGACUCCUGUUCGUUCUGUCUCUAGUCGGAUGGCCACUCCUACCGAUGCAAGUGCCAAGAAGCGCGGUAUGCUGAGUCUGAGUCGUCUGAAUUUGCUGUCUAAGCCAAAGAACCGGGCGUAA